UAAAACAUACAUACGAGAAAGAGAAACAAGAAACAAGAAACAAAAGUGUGUCUCCAUUUUCCUCGUUUCAGACAGUGGGAGUGAGAUGGUGACCGGAAGCUCAAGGACGGCGGAGACUUUUUACUCGAUGAAAGAUUUUCUGAAGCAGACAGGCGGCGUUGCCGUUAUAGACGGCGGACUUGCAACGGAGUUUGAGCGACAUGGAGCGGAUCUCAACGAUCCUCUCUGGAGCGCCAAAUGCCUUGUCACAUCUCCUCACCUCAUUCACACCGUGCAUCUCGAUUACCUUGAAGCUGGUGCUGAUAUCAUUGCCAGCGCUUCUUAUCAGGCCACGAUUCAGGGGUUUGAAGCAAAGGGCUAUUCAAGAGAGAAAAGCGAGUCUUUGCUUAGGAAGAGUGUAGAAAUAGCUUGUGAAGCUCGGAACACGUAUUAUGACAAAUGCGGAACUAGCUCAUCCAGCGGAAUCAUGGAUGAUAAGAUUCUUAAAAAGCGGCCUAUAUUAGUUGCAGCAUCCGUAGGUAGCUACGGCGCAUAUUUGGCUGAUGGAUCAGAAUACAGCGGAAUCUAUGGUGAUUCGAUCACGCUGGAAACACUGAAGGAUUUCCACCGCAGAAGAGUCCAAGUACUGGCGGAGUCCGGUGCGGAUAUAAUAGCAUUUGAGACCAUUCCAAACAAGCUAGAGGCUCAGGCAUUUGCUGAGCUGUUAGAUGAGGGAGAAGUGAAGAUCCCUGGGUGGUUCUCGUUUAACUCCAAGGAUGGGGUGAACGUGGUUAGUGGGGAUUCCAUCAAGGAGUGUGUGGCCAUAGCUGAAACAUGUGAGAAAGUAGUGGCGGUUGGAAUCAAUUGUACACCUCCAAGAUUCAUAGAGGGGCUAGUUUUGGAGAUAGAAAAGGUGACGAGCAAGCCUAUACUAGUGUAUCCAAACAGCGGAGAAAGCUAUGAUGCUGAUAGGAAGGAGUGGGUUGAAAACACAGGAGUUGGGGAUGAAGACUUUGUAUCAUACGUAGAGAAAUGGAUGGAUGCAGGAGUGUCAUUGCUUGGAGGUUGCUGCCGUACAACACCAACCACCAUCAGAGCCAUUCACAAGCGUCUUGUCACCCGCAGAUCUCUUUUCUCUUCAAACAUAUGAAUAUGAUUGUUUUCCCUAUUCAAGCUUUUCUUUCCUUUCAACAAUACUUUGGAAGUAGAUAAAAACUUGUACUAUCGUUCUAUCUUGAAAGUUGAAAAAAACAAAAUCAGUCUUUUUUUAA